UACUGACAGGAAGUAUUUAUUUAGCAAACUAUUGGCGUUAACCUUCGGUGUAGUUGACUCAGCUUACAGGAAAAAAUGGAUUUGUUGAAGAUUGGCACACCCUUUGGAGGGGUUACAGAUCUUAUGAUAUUAAAAUUGUGCAAAGAGGGGGAGGGGAAAUAAUUAAUACUUGCAUCGGUCAGCCGCACCCUCACGUUACAGGUGCAAACCUGCAGCCUGUUACAACACCAAAGCUUGAAGUCCCACCCCUCCACGGUAUGACGUGCCUAAACGGCGCGUCAUAGCCCUGCCCCCGCCGCGAGCUGCUUUUGACGUUGAAGGGGAUGCGCAGUCGAGUGCUGCGCAGGUCGCUCGAGCCCGAGCUUGUGUUUGCAGCUGUCGGUGUGCGCGGCGCUGGCAACCGCGCCGGUGAGGGGAUUACGGGGAUUCGCAUCCGAGGCCGUCCACUUGCCUGCGCCGUCCUGCUGCUCCUCGGAUCCCCGGCGUGGCUAGGUCCGGAGGGAGUUAAACCGAGCGAUCGCAGGCUUUGGCGAAGGUGAGCGGGCGGAGAUCCGUGCUUGGGAAGCCAGGGUUCAUCAUAAUAAACAGCAAGAAAAAAAAUGGGUUCUUUGGACAUUUUGAAAUAAUUGCAAAUUGACACAUUUUACCUGCUACUGGAUAUAAGCUCUUAUGUUCUUCUUCCAGUUUUGAAAACACAAUGGCAGGUUUUAAACGUGGAUAUGAUGGAAAAAUUGCUGGUCUAUAUGAUUUAGAUAAAACAUUGGGCAGGGGUCAUUUUGCUGUUGUGAAAUUAGCACGACAUGUUUUCACUGGAGAAAAAGUAGCAGUGAAAGUCAUCGAUAAAACAAAACUUGACUCUGUUGCUACAGGGCAUUUGUUCCAGGAAGUCCGAUGCAUGAAACUUGUGCAGCAUCCCAAUAUUGUUCGUUUAUAUGAAGUAAUUGACACCCAAACAAAACUUUAUCUUAUUCUGGAAUUGGGAGAUGGAGGUGACAUGUUUGAUUACAUCAUGAAACAUGAAGAUGGUCUCAGUGAAGAUCAAGCAAAAAAAUACUUUGCACAGAUAGUACAUGCAAUAUCUUAUUGCCAUAAACUGCAUGUUGUUCACAGAGAUUUGAAGCCAGAAAAUGUGGUUUUCUUCGAACAUCAAGGAAUUGUAAAACUUACAGAUUUUGGGUUUAGUAACAAGUUUCAGCCUGGAAAGAAGUUAACAACAAGCUGUGGGUCACUUGCAUAUUCAGCACCAGAAAUUCUGCUUGGAGAUGAAUAUGAUGCACCUGCAGUAGAUAUCUGGAGCCUGGGUGUUAUUCUUUUCAUGUUGGUCUGUGGGCAGCCUCCAUUUCAAGAGGCAAAUGACAGUGAGACUCUCACCAUGAUUAUGGACUGCAAGUACACUGUGCCUGCCCAUGUCUCCAAAGAAUGCAAGGAUCUUAUCAAUCGCAUGCUGCAGAGAGAUCCAAAACGAAGAGCCUCACUGGAAGAGAUUGAGAACCACCGUUGGCUUCUAGGAAUUGAUCCUUCACCUGCAACCAAGUGCAAUAUUCCGCUUGUCUCUUACAAGAAUCUCUCAGAUGAAGAACAUAAUGGCAUCAUCCAGCGCAUGGUGCUUGGUGACAUUGCAGACCGAGAAACUAUUAUUGAGUCACUGGAAAGUAAUAAGUACAAUCACAUCACUGCCACUUACUUUUUACUGGCUGAAAGGACCUUGAAGGAGAAGCAGGAGAAAGAAGUUACCCGUUCCUCCAGCCCAAGCCACAUUAAAGCUCAGUUCAGGCAAUCCUGGCCUACAAAAAUAGAGGUAACAAAAGAUAUUGAAGACAUAACAACAUCACCCAUCAUCCAUCCUGUGUCAAUUGCCGGAGUCUGUUCUCCAGCUCGCACUGCGGAGUCCACCAUUAAUGGGCAUCGAAUGAAAUCUGGUGAGCCUGCAAAGAAAGAAGAGUCAGCGACAAUUGGUGCAAUUGGAAAGCCUCCUACAAACAAUAGGACGUGUCUGUUCAGAGUGGAAGAGGAUGAAGAGGAUGAUGAGGAUGACAGAAAUGUAAUUCCUCUUCCCACUCCUGUAGUUUUACGACGCAAACCUUCCAUAACAAACAGGCUUACCACCAGGAAGAGUGCUCCUGUCCUUAAUCAAAUAUUUGAGGAAGGAGAGUCGGAUGAUGACUUUGACAUGGAUGAAAACCUGCCCCCCAAGCUCAGUCGGUUAAAGAUGAACAUUGCUUCUCCAAGCACUGUGAAUAAACGUUACCACAAGCGGAAAAAUCAAGGCCGUGGAUCAAGCUGUAGCAGUUCUGAAACCAGUGAUGAUGAUUCAGAAAGUCGCCGUCUUCUUGACAAAGACAGUGGGUUCACCUACUCCUGGCACCGCCGUGAUAGCAGUGAAGGGCCUCCAGGGAAUGGAGGGGAUGGAAGUGGGCAAGGCAAGUCAAGUGAUGGGAAUGCUGGUUUUGACAAGAGCAGCCCAAGUGAUGGCAACAAAGGUGGAAGUAGUCCUUCCAAUGAUUCCAGUGGGAGCACCAACAACACGGGAACAAGAACUCACAGCUGUACAACACAAGGAAAUUCUUCACAGUCACCUAAAGUUGCAGAAGAUUUGGUGGAGAGCCUGAAGCUAAUGAGCCUCUGUCUUGGAUCCCAAUUGCAGGGUGGCAAUGGUAGUAGAUACAUCAUUGAACCAACAUCUGGAGUUAGAAUACAUGAGAAAUCAGCUUGGAAAAUGUGCAUCACCUCGAGUAAUAUUAUAGAGCGAACCUCUGGCUUGACCAGUGGCGAGUCUUAUUCUGACCAAAUGGCUGACCUGCUGAAUAUGCUUGAAAUGACAAAAGAGAACAACAUGAACUUGAAGAACAGUGUUCUACAGCUACCUCUUUAUGAGAAAACACUUUCUGUGAAUUUUCAGCGGAACCCUAAGGAUGGACUACUGUGUACCUCUAGUCAAACCAGCUGCUGUCAAGUUAUUUAAUAUGUUUUAGCUUGAUUUAACUGUUAUUCUUGCUGGUUACAGUUUGACUUUUUUAGCAAAGUGAAAUUCUUUUAGCCUUGAGCUUUUUAAAUGGACUUUUAAAAUUAUUUAUUGCAAUGUUCGAAUUAGUUUGCUCAAUAUAUUGACAAUGCAUGGUCUUUGUGCAUGCUGCUCGCUACUGCUUUACUUUCCCAACAAGAAAAACAUGACUGGGGCAGAAUUUUUUAAUAUCUUGGGAGUUUAGUAUCAACCUGUUGGUUGUAUGUUGUUAAUGGAGUUAAAUACAGUUUAAGUAAAUAGUGCACUUUGUAGCUCUUUGUGUUGCACAUGAAAGGAUACUGCAAAUCGAUAUGGUUUCAGACCAUAUGAUCAAAGAGUGUUAGGUUUAAUUACUUACUCUAGUGUACCUGACAGAAAAGAACCAAAGCAAUAACUGAAAUAUUGCAGCCCUUGUGAAAACAUUUCACUAUUCCAAGCUUGAUGAAAUGCUCUCUGCACAAUAGUCAUACUGGAGAGUCUUAAUUUGUUGAAAGAUUGCAGAGAACUCACUUCAGGGUGGGUUAGUCUAUAUUGACUUAAACUCAGGAUAAGGCAAACUUGAGCAAGACUUUGAAGGUGCUAUAAUUGGACAGAGUUGGAUUGAACUAAGUUUGCUGAUUAUUAGUGUCCAUGACACUAUGUUGCCCCUCAAGUGAGAAAGCCCUGCACUUAGGCUAGCUUGUCUCUUUAUCUGUGUAUAUGUUUGGAUCUACUUGUCUGUCAGUUCUGUGGGGUAGGACGUGGUGUAGUGAUUGGAAACAACACAAAAUAGCAUUGUCACUUGCAGACCGGUAAGUUGUGAUUUGCUAGAAAGACAAUGUCAGGGUAGCUAUGAUUUAAAUGUGAAGUACUUACUGUUUAUAUCCUGCAUCAUGACACUUAAGAUACCACCAACUCCCUUCCUACUAUUGAAGGGAUCCUCCACUGACACAUGGAGAAUCACAUUAAGUCCUCGGAGGAGAAGAGAUUUUCAAUGCUAAUCUGUAAUUGGAAUUUCAGUCUUUUAUUGAAAAUAGUUUAUGGAUUGCUUUCUGUUAAACUCAGUAGUUUAUGGAUUGAAUAGAGUAAACCAUUCCUAAUCCAUAGAUAAAUGGGCUAUACUCCAGUCAAUAGGGAGUUAUGGAUUUACUCAUAAGAUUAUUUAUCCUCUCUAACAUUGAAAAACUCUACUUCCUUGAAAUAUAGGUCUGGCUUUGGCAAAAGCUUUCCAGUCAGUUAUUUGGUGGUAAAUAUAUGUUUUAAAUUAAAUGCUGCAGGAUAAUUUGGAGUUGGGGUUGGGGUGUAUCAAGUUAGUCUUAAAGUAUAUUGGCAUUCCAGUUUUUAAUGGCCUGAUUUUCAUUGUGGGAAAUAACAAAUAGUGAAGGGAAUUCAUAGCAAUUGUGUAGAUGCAGUUAAGUUUUUGGAUUAAUGUACAUAGUUUUGUUUAUAUUUUAUGUAUAGCCUUGUGAUGGCAACUUUUAGAACUCCUACCUUGUGUAUUUGUACAAGAACUGUAAAUUUGUGUAUACACAGUACUGAGAAUUACAGUGAUGUACAGUUGUCAGAUUGUACUAGAUUAAUGUAGGUGGAAAUGCCCACUGUUUAACUGUCUGUAUUCUAUAUGGAGUUGUCUCAAGUGAAUGACCCGUAAGUAAUGUGUUGUAUGUUGUGCUGCAUCAUUUGGUGCAAUGAAUGGAAAGAGUAACCACUACUUAUGAAUGUUGUUGGACCAAAUAAUGUAACAGUAUGAAAAUGUGGCAUCCCAUGGCCAACCUUUCAAUUGGUAUUUUCAUGUGUGAAUAGUGGCUAAUUUGUAACUUUAAAACUAUUAAAAUAUGUAAAAUUAUUUGAAUUAGAAAAGAGAGCCCAGCUCAAUUUGUGGUUGACUUGCAUGUGCAGAUGACAAAAACCUUCAAAACUAUCAUCUUUGCUUAAUAGCUUAAGGACAGUAUCAUUCUGAAGCAAUAGUGAAACAACAGACUGGUUUCCUUCUGUUGUUACUCUAGUAUUUAUAAAACCAACCAUUUUGUAGUUUGGCACUUUACAGAAAGGGUAUUUUGGAAAUUAACCAAGACCUAGAGAAUGAUCUGCACUGCUGUCCAGUAUUGCCUCCCUAACUCAACUAAACAUUAAUGAAACUAAAUUAGGAACUUAAGUAAAUCUCCACAGUUUAUGUCAUUACAACUGUUGUAUGCAGAGUUGUAUUUCCUCAAGAGGGCUUAAAUAUAUCAGUACACCACCAGUGUUUUAGAGAAUUUGUUUUGACUGCUGCUAUCAAUGAGCAGAUGCAUGGGGAGAAAUUUGUUCAAUUUCUGUUCCAAAUUUGUGACAGCUAUUUUAGCUGUAGCCUCUUCUAUUUCCAUGUGGCAUUCAAAACAGUUCGGCUGAGGGCGGCUUGAUGAAACAGGAUGCUCACAAUAUUUGAUCAAAUUUAUUUUGUUUGUGUACUUCAUCCAGAGAUUCUGCCAAGGCAGACAUGGAGUAUGGUCAAUGUUAUUUGUUUUCACCAUAAAUGAAAAUUCCAGUUCAAUCAAAAAUGUAUAAUUGUUUUCCAAUUUGUUUCAAUCAUCCAUCUGCCCUGUGUUUGUGAGUUUCUACCAAAGUUGCCCAUUUUAAAAAUUUCAUCCUUUUUAAAUAAAAAAUUCUCCCUGAUCUCUUCUUUGGUAUCCAGCUCUAAAGAUAAAGGUUUCAUGUUUAGCUUUAUUUGUCACAAAUACAUGGAAACAUACAGCAUGCAUCAAAUCAAAUCAGAGGGGAUUGUGCUAGGCAACCUGCAAGUGUCACCAUACUUAAAGUGCCAACGUAGCAGAUCACAACUCACUAAUCCUAACUCUACGUCUUUGGAAUGUGUGAGGAAACCCACGCGGUCAUGGGGAAAAUGUACAAAUUCCUUACAGCUUGGGCUUUAAGUUUUAUGCUAACCGCUAUGUUAACGUACAACCUGACUCCAACUCUACCCACUUUUCCUAGUUCUAACCUCCAGACCAAUGCCUCUCCCAAGAACCUAUUCUUCCAACUUAGGCCUCAUUAAGCACUAGAUCUCCAUUCUAGAAAUGCCUUCAACUGUUCUGGAGUUCCCUCCAUAAAAUCUCCACCAGUCUCAUUUCAAGCUCCAACCUUGGCAUUGACCAAGCUGUAGUUAAUUUGCAUUUCUCGGGUGGCCUUUAUCUCUCAUUUAGGUUCUUGGCGAAUAACUUGGAUAUUGUAGAGUUGUAGAAAACUACAGCACAGAAACCGGCCCUUCAGCCCAUCCAACCAUGCUGAAUUAUUUAAACUGCCUAGUCCCAUCGACUAAGCUCCCAGGACCUUAGCGCUCCAUACUCUUUCCAUCCAUGUACCUAUCCAAACUUCUCUUAAGCUUUGAAAUAAAAAUCACAUCCACCACUUGCACUGGCAGCUCUUUCCACACUCUCACCAUCCUCUUGGUGAAGAAGUUUCCCCUCAUGUUCCCCUUAAACAUUUCACAUUUCAUCCUUAACCCAUGACCUCCAGUUGUAGUCCCAUCCAACCUCAAUGGAAAAAGCCUGCUUGCAUUUACCCUAUCUAUACCUCUCAUAAUUUUGUAUACCUUUAUCAAAUCUCCCCUCAAUCUUCUACAUUCUAGGGAAUGAAGUUCUAACCUAUUCAAUUUUUCCUUAUAACUUAGUUCUUCCAGUCCCAGCAACAUCCUUGUAAGCUAUCUCUAGUACUCUUCAAAUCUUAUUUACAUUUUUCCUGUAGGUAGGUGACCAAAACUGCAUACAAUAGUCUGAAUUAGGCCUCACCAACAUCUUAUACAACUUCAACAUAAUAUUCCAAAUCCUGUAGUCAAUAAAUUGAUUCACGAAGGCCGAUGUGCCAGAAAUUUUCUUAAUGACCCUAUCUACCUUAGACACCAUUUUCAAUGAAUUAGGGACCUGUAAUCCUUAAUCCCUUUGUUCUACCACACUCCUUAGUGUCCUACUACUCACCGUGUAAGACCUACCCUGAUUGUUCCUCCCAAAGUGCAACACCUCACACUUGUCUUCAUCAAAUUUUACCUGCCAUUUUUCAGUCCAUUAUUUCAGCUGGUCCAGAUCCCAUUGCAAGCUUUGAUAGUCUUCCCCACUGUCCACUACACCCCCAUUCUUGGUGUCAUCUGCAAAUUUGGUCAUCCAGUUAACCACAUCCAGAUCAUUGAUCUUCAUGACAAACAACAACAGACCCAGCAGCGAUCGCUGUGGCACUCUGCUAGUCACAGGCCUCCAGUCAGAGAGGUAAUUAUCUACUACCACUCUGGCUUCUCCUGAAAGCCAAUUUCUAAUCCAAUUUACUACCUCAUCUUGAAUGCCAAGUGACUGAACCUUCUUGACCAAUCCCCCAUCCAGGACCUUGGCAAGUGCCUUGCUAAAGUCCAUGUAGACAGCAUCCACUGCUUUGUCUUCAUCAACUUCCUGGUAACAUCUUUGAAAAACUCUAUAAUUGUUUAGAUACGACCUACCGUGCACAAAGCCAUGCUAACUAUGCCUAAUCAAUCCCCGACUAUCCAAAAUGGUCAUAUAUCUGGUCUCUUGGAAUACAAUCCAAUCAAUUUCCCACUACUGAUGUCAGGCUCACCAGCCUAUAAUUUCCUGGUUUAUUGUUAGAGCCUUUCUUAAGCUGCAGAACAAUAAUCCUCCAAACCUCUGUCAUCUCACUUGUUGCUAAGGAUGAUUUAAAUAUUCAAGCUUUGUAUUCUCCAAAUUUCACUUUUUAAGGCCUCCCACUUACCAAGUACACCUUUGCUAGAAAACUGCCUGUCCCAAUACAAACUUUGCAGAUCCUUUCUGAUACCAUCAAAAUGGGCCUUACUCCAAUUUAGCAUCUCAAAUCCAGGAUCAGACCUAUCCCUUUCCAUAAUUACCUUAAAAUUAGGGGUCAUAAUUAUGAUCCCUAGAUGCAAAGUGUUCUAACUUCUUUCACCUAACCUGUCUCAUUUCCUAAUGGGAGAUCAAGUAUUGUACACUCUCUCAUUGGGACUUCUACAUACUGAUUAAUGAAUCUUUCCUGAACACAUUCGACAAACUCUAUCUCAUCUAGUCCUUUUAUAGUAUGGGAGUCCCAGUUAAUAUGCGCCAAGAUAAAAUCACCUACUAUCACCUUAUGUUUCUUGCAACAGUCUGCAAUCUCUACACAUUUAAUCCUCUAAAUCCUGCAGAUUAUUGGGUGGUCUGUAACAUAGCCCCAUUAACAUGGUCAUACCUUUCUU